GACAUCAGCAGCUCCAUGACCAACAGCACAGCUGCCAGCCGGCCCCCGGUCACCCUGCGGCUCCUGGGGGGCCGGGGGCCCCCCGCCAGCCAGUGCGGCUCCCUCAUCGGGAAAGGAGGCUGCAAGAUCAAGGAGAUCCGAGAGAGCACGGGGGCGCAGGUCCAGGUGGCAGGGGACAUGCUGCCCAACUCCACCGAGCGAGCCAUCACCAUCGCUGGGAUCCCACAGUCCAUCAUCGAGUGCGUCAAACAGAUCUGCGUCGUCAUGCUUGAG